GCAGCAGCCCGAUUGGAAGGGUUAUCACGACAAGAGAAGGCACGAGAGCCGGCAUGUGCAAUGUGAACGUGGUGAAGCUCAGUGUGAGUGCAAGGGUAGAGGCGAGGCUGAGGGUGAGGGCGAGGAUGCGGGUCGGGCCUCUUGUCGGCCGGUUGUGGCACAGUGGCUGGUGGGUGAGAGGGCGACGGUGCACCCUGGUGGAGUUGCGGAGAGCGCUUCGGAGGUAAAGGCGGUGCCAAGACAUGCCGCCGCUCUGACUGACGGCCGCUUCAAGCUUUGUUCGUCGCAUCGGCAUCGCAGCACCUCGCACCUAAACACACGCGCAUUCGAUCCCUGUCUGCCCCCUUCCUUCACCAUGGCCGACGCCCAGGUCUUCGAAGAGACGUUCAACAUCACGUCCAUUAAUAACGAGAAAUAUGAUCGUGUCUCCCGCAUCUUUGGCACCUCGACCGACAGCCAAAUCACCAUGACCCUCGAUAUUAACCACGAGCUGUUUCCCGUAACGGUUGGCGAGAGCAUCAGCCUGGUCCUAGCCACAACACUCGCCCUCGACGGCAACUCAAAGGGCGAGAAUGACACAAUGUGGAGAAACGUAGGCAAACAGGGUGUGGCGACGCUGGCGGAUAUGUAUGACUAUGUCUGCUACGGCAAAAACUACCGUAUGGAAGGAGGCAAUGGAGAUACCAUAAAAUACUUUGCUAGUUUCGGCGGGCUUUUGCUGUACAUGGAAGGACCCCACCGCAAGCUCAGCGGACUGAAAAUUGACGACAUCUACAUGCUUGUGAAGCACUCAUAGUUGGGCGCGUCAUCGCGCAUAUGAGAGAAUGACAAAGAAAGCAUGGGCAGGCGUUUUGGUGGCAUGUGGUAUUAGUAUCCUCUGGUCUAAAGGU